AUAAGCAUUUAUUAAACGUUUAUUCUUUUUUUAAUUAAAAUAUAUAAAAUAUCUUUGUAAAUAUGCCUACAUGGAAUCAAAUACAAUCACAAUUAAGAAAUCCAAACAAUCCUGUGGUCUUCUUUGACAUUUCUGUUGGAACGACGGAAAUUGGCCGCAUGAUUUUCGAGUUAUUCGCUGAUACUGUUCCCAAAACAAGUGAAAAUUUCCGCCAAUUUUGUACAGGAGAAUAUCAGCCAGAUGGAGUGCCGCUUGGUUAUAAGGGAGCAAGUUUCCAUCGUGUUAUCAAGGACUUCAUGAUACAGGGCGGCGAUUUUGUUCAUGGUGAUGGCACAGGCGUGAUGAGCAUUUACGGCAAUACAUUUUCAGAUGAAAAUUUUACCUUGAAACACGACAGUCCUGGUCUUUUAUCCAUGGCAAAUAGCGGCAAGGAUACAAAUGGUUGCCAAUUUUUCAUAACUUGUGCAAAGUGCAACUUUUUGGAUGGUAAGCAUGUGGUUUUCGGCCGUGUUCUUGAUGGACUUUUGAUAAUGCGAAAAAUUGAGAAUGUACCGACGGGGCCAAACAAUAAACCCAAGUUACCUGUGCUGAUUUCACAGUGUGGACAAAUGUAAGAGAAUGUAUUUUUAAUUCAUUGACUAUAAUAAAUGUUAAAUUAAGUAUA